AUGAUGACCCGCUCAAACAUUAAGCGGGCCGGCAUCCUUGCUGCCGGCCUGGCUGCUCCAGGCUCUCUGGCCUGCUCCGGCCCCUGCGACAUAUACGCCUCCGGCGGCACGCCCUGUGUGGCUGCGCAUAGCACCACUCGUGCCCUAUACUGCAACUACUCUGGAGCGCUGUACCAGGUGAUGCGGGACUCCGAUGGUGCCAAGACGGACAUCAAGCCCCUGUCGACCGGGGGCGUGGCCAACGCCGCCACGCAGGACUCGUUUUGCGCCGGCACGACCUGCGUCAUCAGCGUCAUCUACGACCAGUCCGGCACCGGCAACCACCUCACCCAGGCUCCGCCCGGCGGUGCGGCGCGCGGCCCGGAGCACGACGGCUACGACAUCCUGGCGAGCGCCAUCGGUGCGCCAGUGACACUCGACGGCCACAAGGCGUACGGCGUCUUCAUCUCGCCCACGGCCGGCUACCGCAACAACAAUGCCAGGGGCACGGCCCGUGGGGACGAGGCGCAGGGCAUGUAUGCCGUCGUCGACGGCAAGCACUACAACUGGGACUGCUGCUUCGACUACGGCAACGCCGAGACCAACAGCCUGGACACGGGCAACGGCCACAUGGAGGCCCUCUACUUUGGCAGCGGCUACGGCAACGACUCCUGGAAGGACCCCAUCAUCAUGGCCGACCUCGAGAACGGGCUGUUCUCCGGCGGCGACCGCAGCCUUAACCCCAGGAGCCGCGGCAUGACUUCCCGCUUCGUCAGCGCGAUUCUCAAGGGCAAGCCUGGCCAGUGGGCGCUCCGCGGCGGCGACGCUGCGUCCGGCGGGCUCGAGACCUUUUACGAGGGCAGACGUCCGGACGGAGGCUACAAUCCCAUGCAGAAGGAGGGCGCCAUCAUCCUCGGCAUCGGCGGCGACAACAGCGACCGCGCGCAGGGCACGUUCUACGAGGGCGUCAUGACGAGCGGCUAUCCGUCCGGCUCCACCGAGGACGCCGUGCAGGCCAACAUCGUGGCCGCCAGGUACGGGACGACGUCGCUGGUCAGCGGGCCCAAGCUCUCCGUCGGCAGCAAAAUCUCCCUGCGGGCCACGACGUCGUGCUGCACCACGCGCUACAUCACGCACGACGGCGCCAACGUCAUGAUCAAGGACGUCUCGUCGUCCGACAGCAACGACGCCAAGCGCCACGCGACCUGGGUCGUCCGCGCCGGCCUCGGCAACGCCGACUGCUUCUCCUUCGAGUCCCUCGACAGCGCCGGCAGCUUCCUCCGCCACGCCUGGUUCAACCUCAAGCUCGACCGCAACGACGGCACCAAGCUCUUUGCCGAGGACGCCACCUACUGCCCGCAGAUUAGCCUCAACGGCCAGGGAUCCUCCCUGCGGUCUUGGAGCUAUCCCACCCGCUACUGGCGCCACUUCAACGGCGCCAUGUAUGUCGCGAGCAACGGCGGCGCAAACUCCUUUGACGCCAGGUGGUCCUUCAACGACGACGUGAGCUUCAUGAUCAGCAACGGUUGGGCGUAG